CUCCCGAAGGCUUCUGAAGUGCAGCACCUCCUAAGGCUGCCCAAAGCAGCUCUCUCCCCGACCAUGCGAGCCGUUCCUCUGCCCCUGAGCCGGACAGCAAGCCUCAGCCUUGGCUUCUUGCUCCUGCUUUCUCUCUGCCUGGACCCAGGCCAAGCCAAGGAGUUGAAGUUUGUGACAUUGGUGUUUCGGCAUGGAGACCGAGGUCCCAUCGAGACCUUUCCUACCGACCCCAUUACAGAAUCCUCGUGGCCACAAGGAUUUGGCCAACUCACCCAGUGGGGCAUGGAACAGCACUACGAACUUGGAAGUUAUAUAAGGAAAAGAUACGGAAGAUUCUUGAACGACACCUAUAAGCAUGAUCAGAUUUAUAUCCGGAGCACAGAUGUGGACAGGACUUUGAUGAGUGCUAUGACAAACCUUGCAGCCCUGUUUCCUCCAGAGGGGAUCAGCAUCUGGAAUCCUAGACUGCUCUGGCAGCCCAUCCCAGUGCACACCGUGUCUCUCUCUGAGGAUCGGUUGCUGUACCUGCCUUUCAGAGACUGCCCUCGUUUUGAAGAACUCAAGAGUGAGACUUUAGAAUCUGAGGAAUUCUUGAAGAGGCUUCAUCCAUAUAAAAGCUUCCUGGACACCUUGUCGUCGCUGUCGGGAUUCGAUGACCAGGAUCUUUUUGGAAUCUGGAGUAAAGUUUAUGACCCUUUAUUCUGCGAGAGUGUUCACAAUUUCACCUUGCCCUCCUGGGCCACCGAGGACGCCAUGAUUAAGUUGAAAGAGCUAUCAGAAUUAUCUCUGCUAUCACUUUAUGGAAUUCACAAGCAGAAAGAGAAAUCUCGACUCCAAGGGGGCGUCCUGGUCAAUGAAAUCCUCAAGAAUAUGAAGCUUGCAACUCAGCCACAGAAGUAUAAAAAGCUGGUCAUGUAUUCCGCACACGACACUACCGUGAGUGGCCUGCAGAUGGCGCUAGAUGUUUAUAAUGGAGUUCUGCCUCCCUACGCUUCUUGCCACAUGAUGGAAUUGUACCAUGAUAAGGGGGGGCACUUUGUGGAGAUGUACUAUCGGAAUGAGACCCAGAACGAGCCCUACCCACUCACGCUGCCAGGCUGCACCCACAGCUGCCCUCUGGAGAAGUUUGCGGAGCUACUGGACCCGGUGAUCUCCCAGGACUGGGCCACGGAGUGUAUGGCCACAAGCAGCCACCAAGUGCUGAGGGUUAUCCUUGCCACUACAUUUUGCCUGGUAACCGGGAUCCUGGUGAUACUUCUGCUUGUCCUCAUCCGCCAUGGGCCCUGCUGGCAGAGAGAUGUGUAUCGGAACAUCUGAACAGACAGCUGACCUUGGGGACGUCUCUCAAUGAAGCAGCACCGGCAAGAAGCUCUUCUGCCAUGCAGGCUCUGUCCUGCCCAUGCCCUCCCUUUAGAACUUACCUAGAGUUGGUGUGAGCUCACUGCCACGGGGGAGAGUGCAGAGCUGGCAGGUCAGUUAUGUCUCCUUACCAUUGAGCUGUUCACAGGGCUAAGAUAGGACUCUUGCAAGGGAUGCCUCUGCUCUUUUACACAGAGGUCCUGAAAGAAGAAGCCAAAUUCCAACCCACCUUGUGACUAUGAAGACGAAAGGGAGAGAAAGUGGGGUCAGGAUUUAGGUUAGAACGCACUAGGUAACUCGGAAUGUUAGACUAGAAGAUCCACAGAAAAAUGACUUUAGUUAUGUAAUAUGCUUAAUUCUCAUUCUCUCUCUCUCUCUCUCUCGCUCACUCACUCGCAAGCAAUUCAAACCCAGCACUUCAUAACUGACAAAUUUCUGUGUGUACAUCCAACACACACAUACAUAUAUCCGUAUGCAGAAUGUCUUUAGGUGACGUGUUCGAUUCUCAGAAACCAUAGCAUCAUUCACUUUAAGCACAGCUCCGGUCAUUUUCUCUCAUUUUCGUACAGAGAAAUAACUGAAAAACCCAUGAGAUGAGUUCACCUUCCUCACGCCCCUCACUACCUUAUUUUUAUGCAGUGGGUAGUACAUUCACUUUAAAAUUACGAUAUCUUAUACUUAAGGGCUGUUUGUUGCUACUAUGAAAUGAUUUUUGUUUUUACUUAUUUAUUUUUUACUGUCGUGCCAGACUUCAAAAUCCCUGGGUCUAACACAAGCUCGGAGAGUACUCUAUUUGAAUUAUGCCCUUAGUCCUCUCUGACUUUUAUACGGUGCCAACACAGAAAGUAAAGUACCCUGUGGGGGGGGGUGACAACCUGCUGGCUUAAGUCGUAUUUCUUAUUCUAAAGUAGAAAACUCUAGACAAGAGGAAUGCAGAAGUCACAUCCAGAUUUCAUUUUCUGUGACCAGUUUUAUUCUGCUUUUACUACAGAUGAGUCAGGGCCCCAUCAAACCCCUCCAUGACUGGCACCACCCAUGAAGUCAUUAGGAAAAAAGGCCAAAAUGUACUUUAUAGCAUGACAAACUGCUCUGGACACACAAGCAUUCCACUGGUGAUAAAUUCGAUCUCAUUCUUCAGUGGGUUGCCCUACUUCCUUGGGGUUGCUUAAAGAUCUCGAAAUAUACCUGAGUCCAUGCUCACUCUCCACCCACAUGUGCUCUUCUGCAGAAAAACGUAGACAUUCAAGCUCCCAAGGCCACACUCAGAAUUCACUUUGCAGUGCUGUCUAGAUGUGGGAUGCUGGGACCUUUGACCUGCUCUCCACGCAGAUCCCCAGCGCAUCCCUCAAGCCCCGGAAGCCCUUCUGUUAAAUGCCACUCGCUCACAUCUAUAGUCUGUAUUUUUAAUACCAUUCUCAGUGAGCCAAGGUCAUUGAAAACAAAACUCGGAGCCCCCCUCUCAUAUGUGUGUAUUUAUGUAGCAUGUGAUAAUGUGCACACGGGUGGGUGCUGUCUUCUCACGCAUGCGCAGAGAACAAAGGAUUAUGUCACGUGUCCUGUUCUAUUACUUUUCUUACCUUGAGAGAAGAUCUCUCACUGAACCCAAAGCUACUCUGACAUCCAGCAAGCCCCAGUGAUCCUCCUGGCUUGUCUCCACAGCACUGGGGUUACAGGGACACAAGGGCCACACUCAGCAUUUUACAUAGGUGCUUGGGACUUGAACUCAAGUCCUCAUGCUUGGACAACAAGGGCUCUUACCCACCUACCCAUCUGCUCAAUCCCCAGUUCCUACCAUUGCUUCGAUUACUAUAUGGAAAGCUCUCAGGCUCAAUAUCGCAGUGCCCUUUAUCUUCUGUUGGUAAAUACUAUAAGCAGUUUUCAUACACUGUGGCAGAAUCCCAAGUGACAGAUGAGCUAUAGGAAUCAUGCAAAGAACACAAAGGAACUGUGGGGUGUCCCAGAAAAUAAGCAACGUCAACAACAGGGCAUGUGAACUCCCGAUACUGAUAACUACUUGGUAGAUGAGACAGAUGUGACCAUUCCAGUUGUCAUGGUGAUGUUGCAAGAGCGUCACUAGAGCUGCGAUCACCUCUGUUGUGAUGUGUGCUCCGUGUCAUUUGAGAAGCCUUUGUGGAGAAUUUCCAUGAAGCAGUCAUUAGCGUGUUGAUAGUAAUUACACAAAAACACUAGUGAUGCCUAUACAGGAAAGCACUGAGAGAGCGAGCGCUCGAGUGCUAGGUUGUUCCGAGCUUUAGUGGCAAAGCACAGACAGAGAAUUGGAGAACUUGUGAAAAAAAAAAUCCCACUGCUUAAGGAAUGGCGUACAUGAGGCUCCGACUGGCAUUCACUGGGCAGCUUUUUACACAAAAGCUGAUAUUCUCUUCCCUGAAUUCACUUGUGUUUCCUGUCUUCCUGUCCUUUUUCUGUCUUGUUCUAAUACUCUUAGCACUGAUUCCUCACAGUCAUGGGGGCUUCUGGGUAAAUAAAAGCCAAAUUAUAACGGCUUUCUCUUUUAAAACCCUCUCCAAGAAACUAUCCAAACAAUCGUGAAAUGUUGGCACCCUAGAUAGGGCUAAGAGACACAUAUGGUCACACUCAUGGUCUUAAAUGGCCUACAGCCACGUUUGUAAUGGAAAACUUUUUUAGGUGAGAUGAAUUAUAAUAUAAAAAUUUAUUUAACAUAAUGCAUGUAAAAUAACAUUUCAACAAAAAGUGUUCAUGGAAUAUUUUUAAGAUGAGUUUCAUACUAAGUAUUUAAAAAUGUGAUGUGAUGUUUUGUUCCAAGUUGGAGUAGCCACCUUUGAGGACUUGGGAGUCACUAGUGGCUCCCAUGCUGAAUAGUUCUGGCCUAGGCCAUUCGAUGACAGCCUUUUUUUUAAAGCAGAGAGAACACAUACAUCCUUUAUUUGUAAAAUACACUUUGGGUUAUUGUGAAGAAAUAGACAUCAUCCUUAGGACUGGAAUGUAGCUCACCAACAAAGUGCUUGCCUAGCAUAGGUGAGCCCUGAGUUCCAUCCCCAGUACCACAAUAAAGUCAAGUAAAACAAACACAACAGGUCACCUUUAUCCUGUGUCUUCACUGUUUUUUAAUCUUUGGCCAAACUAAUAAAAUAUUGUCUGAAAUGUUUC